AAGAAGAAGAAACUGUUCUAUAGUUUUGUGGUUAUUUUCCCAAGUAUUUGAGGCAAUUCUAAGCGGAUAUGUUUUAGUAUGCUCUUUUUUAAAAUAUUGUUUUAAGUGUUGCAAGGCUACUGGAUAAAUGAACCUAGUUGAGACAUAGAUCCCGCUAAAAUUAUUUUAGUACAUAAGUAAAACAGAAUUCGGAUCUGAUAACCUUAAACUAUAAUGGAUUGCAGUUCAAAAUACAACAUAAAUCAAUCCAAAAUCUCUUUGAAACUAAAUCCUGUGCCAAUACUGUUCAAUAAGAAUGGACCUUCACCCAAAAAAAUUAAAUUGAGUGAUAAUUUUCAUAGAAAUGCUAACUUCUUUGCUAAUGGAAAUUCUCUACCCAAAAUAAGUAUUCAAGACCAACGACGGAACCUUCCAAUUUUUGAGAAGAGAAAUAAACUCCUUGAAAUUAUUAAACGACAUAAAACAUUGAUAAUAAUAGGAGAGACGGGCAGCGGUAAAACCACACAGAUUCCUCAGUACAUAUAUUCGGCUCGAUUGCAAGAGAAUGGUAAAAUAGCAGUUACACAACCGAGAAGGGUUGCAGCUAUAAGCAUUGCAAUGAGAGUUGCUCUUGAACAUGGAAAUGGGAUGUCUGUUGGAGAUGUUGUUGGUUACAGUGUGAGAUUUGAAGAUGUGACCUCAAAAAAAACAAAAAUAAAGUAUCUGACAGAUGGUAUGUUGUUGAGGGAGGCAAUGUUGGAUAGGUUGUUAUUGGAUUAUAAUGUUGUUAUAUUAGAUGAAGCUCAUGAGAGGACAAUUCAUACUGAUAUUCUUUUUGGUGUAGUAAAAUCGGCACAGAAAAUUAGAGCGGAAAGGAACCAUCCACCACUUAAAAUAAUUAUUAUGUCUGCAACAAUGGAUGUGGAUCAUUUUUCAAGGUAUUUUAAUAACUGUCAAGCCGCUUACCUAGAGGGGCGCACCUACCCAGUAAAUAUUUUUUAUACAGUAAAACCGCAUGAUGAUUACCAAACAAGUUGUGUAGCAACAUUUUUCAAAAUUCAUCAAGAAGCACCAGCCAAUCAUGAUGUUCUAAUAUUUCUUACCGGGCAGGAGGAAAUAGAGGCUUGUGCUCAUCAAAUCAGACUCUUAGCAAAGGAUCCAGAUGUAGAAGGUCCACCAGUUCGAGUUUGUACUUUAUAUGCAGCACAACCUAACAGCCAGCAGAUGGCGGUGUUUCAGCCGACCCCAAGUGGUACCCGUAAAGUUGUUAUAAGCACCAAUAUUGCAGAAACAAGUGUUACUAUCAGUGGUAUUAAAUAUGUUAUUGAUGGCGGAAUGGUCAAAUCCAGGAGUUUUCAUCCGUCUACUGGUUUAGAAUUACUUAAAAUUCAAAGAAUAUCUCAGGAACAAGCCUGGCAGCGUAGUGGUAGGGCUGGCAGACAAUCUGAAGGUUUUUGUUAUCGCAUAUACACCAGAUCCCAGUUUGAACUGAUGAAACCAACGAGCAUUCCCGAAAUACAGAGGGCCAAUCUAAAUUCAGUGGCCUUACAAUUAUUAGCGUUGGAUAUUCACAUGCUUCAUUUUGAUUUUUUGGACAAGCCGCCGAAAGACAGUAUCCAAGCAGCGUUCGAACAAUUGAAGCUGUUGGGGGCCAUUGAAGAUAUCGAUUCAAUUGCUCUGACUUCCCUGGGGAAAAAAAUGGCACGGUUUCCACUUGAUCCUAAAUUUAGUAAAAUUUUAUUGUCCGCCGAACAAUAUGGUUGUUUACAAGAGGCCUUAACUGUAAUUGCGUUGUUGUCAAGCGAGUCCAUAUUGACCACGCCACGUAGCAAAAGGGAUCAAGCGGAGAGUGUAAGGCAGAAAUUUCGUUCCGGUUAUGGAGAUCACAUAACGCUUCUCAAUAUAUACAGGGAAUUUGACACAAUCGGACAAAAGAAGAAAAGAAAUUGGUGCCAUGAACAUUUUAUUAAUUUUAGGAAUAUCUUGUAUGUUCAGGACGUACGGUCGCAAUUGGAAGAAAUCUGCAAAAAUUUUGACUUGCACAUUUCAUCAUGCGGAAGUCAAAUAGACCAGUUGCGUAAAUGCCUUUUGACGGGGUUAUUUAUGAAUGUAGCAGAACUUCAAAGGGAUAGGCAAUAUGUUACAUUGGACAGGCGCCAAGUUACCUUGAUCCAUCCCAGUUCAGUACUCCAUGGUCAGCAGCCUGCUUAUGUGGUAUUUACGGAGGUUGUCCAAUCGACAAAGUGUUAUCUGCGCGGCAUUAUCUCGAUAGAAGGCGAAUGGUUGAGAGAAAUUGCUCCAGACUAUCUUAGAAAUCAUAAUUUUAGGUAUAGCAAAGAUUGUUGACUUGAAAUGUUAGCAAAGAGUGUUGUUUUUCUGUUUAUAUUUUGUAAUAAUUCAAACGGGUACCAAUACCCAAGUUAUA